GUCGCCCGGGGGCGCUCGGCCUUGACCGUCAAUGCAGUGUACCGUUCACUAUCUAUAGUCCUGCAUCACUAGAGGACUAUACUAUGGCAUCACUUCACACUACUAUACUCUCCCCUACUAUGGAUAGGGGCCCCCCCCCAAUCAAUAAUUUGGAUAGGCUCCCAGCGGGGGUCGGACGAGUACCGUCAGGUCCUCUCCCUCCAAGCUAUUCUAUUAGGAGAGGGGCGUUUCUCGAUAUAGGUAGGGGGCCUCGAUGAACCGGGUGAUUCUCACCCUUUCUCAUUGAGAAAGAGAGGUGAGCCUCCCCUCCCUUUCUACCCGCAUCUAUAGUGGGGGGUUCCAAUCGGAGUAGACAUCUAUGGGAUGGAUUAGUACUAGCAACAGCGGCAUAAAAGCAAUCAACGGAAAACAAGACUGACCCCGUAGGGGCCUAGCCGGAAGAACCAAUCUAAGCCUGCAGGGUGGGAAUGAUGUUCUCUCCAAGCAUCGGGUGUGAGGCCUACCCACUGUUCAUCUGGAGCAUGCGAUAAAAGUUAUGGCUGGUCUAUUUUAUCCAUCUCCUAGUUUCACUAGCAGGCUUAUUAAUUAACAGAGGUUUCCCCGCAGUGCCCGAUUCUAGAUCAAGAGCGUCGAAACAAUGCUAAUAAUGAGAGGGGAAAGCACCCAACUUCUAUCAUACGGGGCUGUGCGGGUGGUCGGGACAUGCUUCCUUAUUAGCGAGUUGGGGCUGGAUGCUCCUACUGAAUCGAAACAGUUCACUACGCCCUACUAUUUGAGAGGGCUCUACGGGGGGCCUACUAGAACUAGUGCCGGGGUGGGGCCUUUCUAUAGUUGAUAGUAGGGCCCCCGGGACAUGGAAUGGGUCUAGCUCACGAUAAAGCUGCUUCUCAGAGGUCCAUAGAAUUGUAGGGCGGCUAGAAUUCUUUUCAACUUCAAUUGAUUCUAUACGUAACAUGCCUGGCCACUCAUGUGACGUAUAUAGACUGCAUCGUUAUACUAGAGUCUAGUUUGGCCUAGACUAUCUCCCGGGCCCUAUAGAUAGUAGACCGUGUCGUAUCUCCGAAAACAAGGAUUCCCCACAUCUACCUACACAACGAUCUGCAUGGGGAUAGACACACAAGCCCGAUCGGGGGAGUCUAGGUGCACCGAUUAUUCCCCACAUCUACCUACACAAGCCCGAUCUGCAUGGGGAAGUCGAUGCCGAUUAGCUUUUUAAGGAUAGGCAAAUCUUUUUUGGUGCCAUAGUAGAUUAAUAAACCUGCUAGCCCUUGAGAAUAGUAGGGCGGGAUUGGCACCCGGAAAUUUCCAUUGAGGGGGAGUCGAAUUGAGGGGACAGAGACAUGACACAACGAUUUUCCAUUCUCAAACAACCCAUAUUCUCCACACUGAACCAGCAUUUGAUAGAUUAUCCGACCCCGAGCAAUCCGAGUCAUUGGCGGGGGUUUGGUUCGUUAGCUGGUAUUUGUCCAGCCAUUCAGAUAGUGACCGGCGUUUUUCCAGCUAUGCAUUACACACCACAUGUGGAUCUAGCUUUCAACAGCGUAGAACAUAUCAUGAGAGAUGUUGAAGGGGGCUGGUUGCUUCGUUAUAUGCAUGCUAAUGGGGCAAGUAUGUUUCUCAUCGUGGUUUACCCCCAUAUUUUUCGCGGUUUGUAUUAUGCGAGUUAUGACAGUCCUAGGGAAUUUGUUUGGUGCCUCGGAGUUGUCAUCUCCCUGUUAAUGAUUGUGACUGCUUCUAUAGGACAUGCACUACCUCGGGGUCAAAUGAGCUUUCGGGGAGCUACGGUAAUUACAAGCUCAGCUAGCGCCAUACCCGUAGUGGGAGAUACGAUCGUGACUUGGCCGUGGGGUGGUUUCCCCGUGGACAAUGCCACCUUAAAUCGUUUCUUUAGUCCUCAUCAUCCACUCCCUUUUAUUCCAGUAGGCGCCAGUCCUCUUCAUCUGGCCGCAUUGCAUCAAUAUGGAUCGAAUAAUCCAUUGGGUGUGCAUUCAAAGAUGGAUAAAAUCGCUUCUUAUCCCUAUUUUUACGCGAAGGAUCUAGUAGGUCGGGUAGCUUCCGCUAUCUUCUUUUCCAUUUGGAUUUCUUGUGCUCCUAAUGUAUUGGGGCAUCCCGACAAUUAUAUACCCGCUAAUCCGAUGGCCACCCCGCCUCAUAUUGUGCCGGAAUGGUAUUUCCCACCAAUCUAUGCCAUUCCUCGCAGUAUACCCGACAAAUUAGGAGGUGUAGCCGCAAUAGCACUCGUUUUUCCACCGCUUUUGGCUCUCCCUUUUCUGAAAAGUUCGUAUGUUCGUAGCUCAAGUUCUCGUCCGAUCUACCAGAAACUCUUUCGGUUUUUCCUGGCGGAUUGCUUACUAUCAGGUCGGAUCGGAUGUGAACCCGUGGAGGCACCAUAUGUGACUAUUGGACAAAUUCCUUCAGUAGCUUUCUUCUUGUUCUUUGCCCUAACGCCCAUUCUGGGACGAGUUGGAAAGAGAAUGACCGAUUAUUACACCAAUCACUUACAAUUCGAGGGCAUCGACCGAACUAUCUCCUCCGAUGCCAUAGAAUAGUAGGGGCCCACCCUCGAUUCUAGCCCUUAUUAUAGCAGGCGUCAUUAAUGAACGGCUCGCCCAACUUCUAUUGCCCCCCACCCACCCCGGGUGGGAGGAGGCUAUGGUACUGCAGUCAAGCCCUCGACAUUAUAUGGACCCACUUUUCUCGACAUCUCGACCAACCGGUCGAGCCCGAGGGCGCUCUCCCAAUGCAGACCCACCCCACCCCCCUACUAGAGUUAAUUAGAAGAGGGGGAGGCGGGGUUUUAAGGCGGUCGAGAGCCCGUGGGGGGGGCGGUGAGCGAUAAUUGAAUUUGGCGAACCGCCCCGGACUACCCGGGAGAGGACCGCCCCACUAGACUAUUGAACCCCCCCGACUACAGUUUAGUUCAGUGUAGUCUAGCCCGGGCCCUUACUCUAGCAGGUUCCAGUAAAGAAUUGACUGGUAGACUCUAGUUGGCUUUUAGUUGAGUUGAGUCUAGAAAGGUGGUCUAGUGCCGGGUAGCCCUACCCCCCACCCUCAUAGCUUCCCCCAUGCUUUCCGUUGGUAAAAACUGACCACCCGAAUCCCUAUAUCUCCGGUUGUAUCUUGACAGUAGUCUCUUUACCGCAGAUCUUGACUAACUAUUCGUACGCUUCAUUCUGGAGAUAUAUAUAUCUAUCUAUCUCUAUCUAUCUAUCUAUAUAUAUAUAUAGAUAGAUAUAUAUAGAUAUAUAUAAGAGAUAUAGAGAUAGAGGAAAUGGAACUACAGCAAUGAUGCCCCAACUGGAUCAAUUCACUUAUUUCGCACAAUUCUUCCGGUGUUGCCUGAUCUUCUUCGUUUAUCAUCUCCCCCUAUGCAAUGAUGGAGUACCUAGGCUCAGCAGAAUUCUAAAACCACGGAACCGACUGGUUCCACACCAACGGAGGGGGGACAACAUCCCGAGCAACGACCCAAACAGUUUGGAAGAUAUUUCGGUAAGAAGUUUUACCAGUGGUGCAUCCUAUAUGGACUCUAGUUUAUUCGAAGUCUCCCAGUGGUGUGCCGCCGACUUACUGGGGAGGAAAAAGAAAACGUCUAUAUCCCGUUUCGGAGAAAUACGUGACUUGCGGGGAAUGGACGGAAACAUCCGCUAUCUGAUUCCGAAGUCUUCAUAUGGCACAACUCCCAAUCCUCUACCUGGAAGGAGGACACCUUGGAGGGAGGGCAUAGAGCUAAUCCAUGUUUCACACAGCCAAGUUCACUUUAUGAUAGUUUGAAGGGUUGUUAUCAGGGUUCAUUCAAUGGAUCUGCAGAGGUGGGCUAAUCCAUAUAUGAUCCAGUUCGUCCCGCCAUCUGUCACUCAUCGAUUGCACGCUUGAAAAGACGAAUCCGGUCAGAGUCAUUCAAUGGCGGCCUUUAGAAUAGUAGGACCCUUAGAAUAGUAGGGGCCCUUUCUCACCAUAGAAUAGUAGGGGCCACCCACCCCUGUUACGUAUAGAAUCUGGGUGGGGGGGCCCCGGGGAAUUAGAAUUCUUUAAUACCAAACCAAUGCCCCACUCUGCCAUAAAACUCUGCUGUGGUUGACCAUCAAACGCGUGUGGGCGGUUGGAGGGCCGUAAGGACAGGUCACAGGGGUCCUCACGCGUUUGGUGCCGCGGCAAUGCCGCCAUUCGAGCGGCAGUUUGUUGCCAAUCGGCGGAGGAGGGCGGAGAACCAUUCGGUGGGAAUAGGGGUUCUACCGGUUGAA